AAAUCAGUCAAGCUUAGGCGUGUUCAAAUAGGACUCGGUUCAAGUGUCAUCACUAUGCUGCAUUGAUGCAUGAAAUGAUCAAAGGACUCGGAAGGCAGACUUGCUAACUCUUUGACAUAAAGAAAAGACAACGCAAAAUCUAUUGAAUCUCGAAGAAUGAAGAAAUUACUAAGAAAGAGUUUUCACUUAUUCUUGCUCCUGUGUUCAUAUUCAGUCCAACGAUGCUUUGGCGCUACAGAUACCAUAACUACAACCCAUUUUCUGAAAGAUGGUGAUACCAAUAUUACUUCACCUGAUGGAACCUUCGAAAUGGGGUUCUUCAGUCCAGGUAAAUCUAAAAAUCGCUAUGUGGGUAUGUGGUACAAGAACAUACCUGUUAGGACAGUGGUCUGGGUUGCCAACAGAGAAUCUCCUUUGACCAGUGGAUCAGGUAUCCUAAAGGUAAUUGAGCCAGGACGUCUUGUCCUUCUUAAUGGAACUAACAAUGUUGUAUGGUCAACAAAUACCUCUACAUCUGUGCAAAAUCCCAUUGCACAGUUGCUGGAUUCUGGGAAUCUUGUUGUGAAAGAAUCUGGUGAUGGUAACCCCAGGAAUUUCCUCUGGCAGAGCUUUGAUCACCCAACUGAUACACUAUUACCAGGCAUGAAGCUCGGCAGGAACUAUGUAACAAAAAAAGAGGUAUACUUGUCAUCAUGGAAGAACGAGGAGGAUCCAGCUUCCGGUGAUUUUACAUAUCACUGUGAUCCUUCUGGAUAUCCACAGAACAUCCUGAAGAAGGGAUCAGAUGUUGUGUAUCGCUCUGGACCGUGGAAUGGUCUUCGUUUUAGUGGGGCAACAAGCUCAAGAGACAGUCGUUUCUAUACAUUUGGAAUUUUCUCAAGUAAGACAGAGGUGUACUUUGGAUAUAACCUCACAUCUUCAGUUAUCACAAGGUUGAUACUAAAUCACAAGGGUGUAUUACAGGGCUGGUCUUGGGGUGAACAUGUACAUGAUUGGAUCCCUUACCUCUCAGUACCCAGAGAUAACUGUGAUGCUUACAAACUGUGUGGCGCAUACGGUAUCUGCAACAGUCAAACUCUUCCUGUAUGUGGAUGCUUAGACAAAUUUGUCCCAAAACAUUAUGAAGAUUGGCAGAAAGCAGACUGGUCAGGUGGCUGUGUUCGGAGGACUCAAUUAAACUGCCUCCAAGGAGAUGUAUUUUUGAAGUAUUUGCAUAUCAAACUGCCAGACACACGGAAAUCCUGGUUGAAUAUGACUAUUACACUAGAAGAAUGCAGGAAUAUCUGCUCUAAAAAUUGCUCCUGUAUGGCUUACUCAAAUCCUGACAUACGCAAUGGAUGGAGUGGAUGCUUGUUGUGGUUUGAGGAUCUGCUGGACAUUAAGCAGGUACCGGAUGAAGGGCAAGAUAUCUACAUUAGAAUGGCUGCUUCUGAAUCAGAUAGUCUAGAGAAAUCGGAUGGAAAGGAAGAAAAUGUACUUUUCUGGAUUUUGCCAUUAUCAGCUGGUGUGAUUCUGGUAAUCCUUAGCAUGUUGAUCUACCAUAGAAGAAGGAAGAAGGCUUCAGAGCUAAAAAAGAAAGGUAGGUCGGGACGCAAUGGCAACUACAGUAUGGGUUACAGUAGUUGUGCUGAAGAAUUUGAGAUACCACUGUUUGAUUUAUCUACCAUAAUGAAGGCUACCAAUAACUUUUCAAUUGACAGAAAGAUUGGAGAGGGGGGCUUUGGACCUGUUUACAAGGGUAUACUUGAAGGACAGGAAAUAGCUGUCAAGCGGCUGUCCAGAACUUCCACACAAGGAGAAAGUGAGUUCAAGAAUGAAGUUUUAUGUAUUGCAAAACUUCAGCACAGGAAUCUGGUGACCAUUCUUGGCUGCUGCAGUGACGGGGAAGAAAAGAUGUUGAUCUAUGAGUACUUUCCAAAUGGGAGUCUCGACUCAUUUAUAUUUGAUGACACACAAAGCGAGGUAUUAGACUGGCAUAAGCGAUUUCACAUUAUCAAUGGUAUAGCUCGGGGACUUAUGUAUCUGCAUCAAGAUUCUCAAUUAAGAAUAAUUCACCGAGACCUGAAAGCUAACAACAUUCUGCUAGACAAGGACAUGAAUCCAAAGAUAUCAGACUUUGGCUUGGCAAAAAUAUGUGAAGAGGAUGACGUUGAAGCCAUGACUAACCGAGUUGUUGGAACAUAUGGGUACCUCUCACCGGAAUAUGCAUUGCACGGGAAAUACUCAGUAAAAUCAGAUGUAUUUAGCUUUGGUAUUUUAGUAUUGGAAAUUGUGAGUGGGAAAAGCAACAGAAAAUUCUCUCAUCCAGAUCGUAACCUUAAUCUACUCGGGCAUGCGUGGAAACUCUAUAAAGAAGGGAGGUCAAUAGAACUACUUGAUAAAUGCCUAGGUGAUUCAUGUUCAACAUCAGAAGUGGUACGAUCAAUCUGUGUUGGUCUAUUAUGUGUCCAACAAUGCCCAGAAGAUCGUCCUAGUAUGUCUUCCGCCAUUCUGAUGUUAAACAAUGAAGGUGUGUUGCCGUUGGCUAAACAGCCAGGUUUUUACAUAGAAGGAAAUGCACCGGGUGGUGAAUUCACUCCAAGGCAAUAUGCACAGAGUACAGUGAGUGAGACCCCCAUCACAAUAUUAGCUGCCCGAUAGAAGAUAUUGGUUACUUGGUUGCUACAACCUUGCAGUUGUAAUGAUCUUUUCUUUUUCUCCGUAGGAAUGUGGUGAAAAUAUUUUGUUCAUGAUUGUGCUUUUUCAGUUAUGUCAAACAUAUGUAUAU